UAAAACCCAGAAAGGCAACCUAUUCAUUCCAUUCUUAAACAAAGUUAGUUUAGAUCGGCAUGUGAAUGAUACACGGGGCAAAUUUUAGUGUGCAUUGUUAUUAGCUCUAUCAUAACGUUUGUUUAUACCACCAAGCAUCGCUUUCAAUAAAUAUUUUGCGUCGAAAUCACCGUCGACAAUGUCUAUAGCUGGCGUUGUGUCGACAAUAUCUCUACAUCCCCCAUCCCUGUUAUGUAUUUCAUUAUCAAGUUCAUGAAGCCAUACUGUAGCUUCUGGAUCGUCACCAAUUUGAAUAAAUUGUAUGCCCACUUGAGAUAUUGGUGCACGCAAUCCAUCUAAUCUUCUAGCUGCAUUUAGAAUGACAGUUUCUACAUCAUCUUCUGCCGUACCAUCUGUUACAACAAUGAUAUUCAAUGGCCUCAUUUUUCCGCCUGAGCUGGUUACUCUCUCAUAUUCAUUCAAAUAAUCAAGUAGGAUUUCUUCCAAACGAGUACCAGUUGGGGUACUUCCACAAGGUUGGACACUAUCAAAGAGUGAUUUUAAAUUGUUUACGUUUUGGACAUUCUGAGCUGUUGCUGGAUUGUUUAAGAAAUAGACAUCUAUAAAGUUAUUAAGGUACGCCAAUGGAAUUUAUAAGACCCACCUAUCCCAUCUGGAUCAUAGUUAAUAGCGAUCUCUAAAAGACCAGCUAAUGCAGACAACAUGGAGCGCCAUAGACCUCCAGCCAUGGAGCCACUAUCGUCCACCAGGAAGCAAGUGUCAAAACGAGAAAGAAAUAGUAGGGGAUCUUCUGACCUUCCUUCGAGACCUUUUCUUGCAUCAUGUAACCAAUCACCACCCAGUGAAUUACCCCUCGGUGGGGGGUGAUCCGGUGGUGCAUACCCGCUACUAGUUGGUAUACUAGCUACGGGGAAUGACGUCUGUGUGGGACUCGUGUAUAAAUUCUGUUGGGAGUGUUGUUGUUGUUCAUAUGGUGUGUAUGCUGGUGGGGGUAUUGAUUCGCCUUGAAUAUCAUUAAAUGGUUGAACUUCUGGUUCAUUAUUGUAAUAAUUAUCUCUAGUUGACAUUCUCCUAAGAUGACGCAAAAUUGUCAUGGAUGUGAUUGAUUAAGAUGUGGCAGUGCAGAAGUGGAGGCAUCUUUGUUUAAAAUUGCAGAUAAAUUAGCUGUUAUACAGACCAUAAUCUGAGACUUAUACUGAAACUACUACCCGCAUUGGGAGACCAGAAAGUGAAACUUGCCCGCGUACCCGGGAUGACCGUGGAGAAACAUAACUGCCAGACGGUAAAAUAACGCGUAAAAGGCGAAACUUACACGUUAGAAUAAAAUAUAUAGAGUAAAUUUGACCCAUUUUACGCGCUAUAUUUUCUCGCCACACUCUUUUAUAAUCACAUCCAAGAACGCAUUGCCGAAUUCGUCUAAUAAAAAGAAAAAUAAGAUAAUUGAUAAUCAAUCAUCGACGAAUUAAAUCAAUUUUCAGUAAAUACAUCUUUAAAUGCAACGGCGACCUCUAAAGGAAAUACCAAUACGUAAAAUAGCAAGUUCGCCUCUAUCACGCCAAUUAGUACAGCGUACACCCAAACAAGUACAAUCUGAAGGCUCGAUAGUUUCACCAAGGAGUCCAAAUCCUGGUACAACUAGUGUAGACAGCUGGACUAUAUUCCAGGAUGAUGAUCGCAUUGGGAGUGAUGUAGAUAAUCAAUCAACAGAGGACAAACUUGACGUAAAUUCACCUGAGCAACUCAGUGAUGAUGGUGAAGAAAUAGAAAUCGUAGAUGAGAAUGAUAAUCCUCCGGUAUUUCCUUCGUUUAAGAGCCCAAUGCGCAGACCACCGUUGUUACCAUACCGAUUGAGUUCUACUCCAAGUUUAGUUAGAUCUUCUCAAUCAUAUUCAUUAGAGCCAGCUUUAGAGGAUGAAGAAGAUGGUGAGACACCAAAAUACAACAACAAGCGUAAAACACCUUUCAAUACACCUCAAUCUGCUUCAAAGGCUCAUGGCAAGCGGAUGCUCGAAUGCGAGGACGAAUUCGACAGCCCAAUGUCAAGAAUGCUCACAAGCGCGAGCAAGAAGAGAAGAUUACUUGAUUCAUAAUACACACGCUGAAUCAAAAUGUAACAUAAUGUACUACAAACAUGCCCUGGAUUUCACAACUUACCUUCUCCUUUCGUUUUCAAUCUCAUUUUAUCUGUAAUAGGACACUGUAUUCUUUCUUUCUAUUUACUCAAUGAAUGUAAUAAUUAUUCUUUAUUGCUUGAUUUGUCAAUGUUACGUUGGUCUAGUAUGAGAUGCAAAGGUUUGUAAAUGUUAUCCUUUUGGUAAUUUGC